AUGGCUUCAGGAACUGAGGUGCCGGAGAAUUCUGUUUUCGAGAGGUUCGACCGAAACAGAGACAUAACUCUGUUUCUUCCCUUUCUCUUUGGCCUCUCUGAGGCCGCCCCAGGAAGAGAUGGCGACGACCCACGUCACGAAAACGGGAACACUGAAGGCCCCCAGCGUCAAAGAAUCAUCUUGGUGAACCCCUUCACUCAGGGCAUGGUUGUCAUCGACGCCGACUCGCGCCUCGAAGCUCUGUUUCGCGAACUUGGCAGCGGAAAAGGUGGUCGGCCUCCGGCUUCCAAAGAAUCCAUUGAGGCCAUGCCAAGUGUGGAAGUUGGAGAGGGUGAGGAUUUGGAGUGCGUGGUUUGUUUGGAGGAGUUUGAGGUUGGUGUGGUGGCGAAGGAGAUGCCGUGUAAGCACAAGUUUCAUGGUGAUUGUAUUGAGAAGUGGUUGGGGCUUCAUGGGUCUUGCCCUGUGUGUAGGUAUGAGAUGCCCGUGGAGAAGAAUUGCGUGAUGAAGAGCGAGGAAGAAGGGGGAGAGAGGAGAAGGGAUGGUGGUGAUGAAGUUUGGGUUAGUUUUUCUUACAAUAGGAUUAGGAGAGGCCAGGAUCAUGAUCAAGCUGCUUCUUCAAAUGAUGAUUCUCGAUCAAGUCCUGAAGAUGAUGCUGCAGAGAGUUAGAGAAUGGUUUUGAUUUUGGGUGUAGAGUGUUGUCGGUUUUGAAAUUGGGGAAGGAUUGAUAAAUAUAUGUACAGACAAAAUUGCACGAAAUUGUUAAUUAUAUGAUAUAUUUUCUUGCAAUGAAUAAAUGAUGAUUUUUUUACA